AUGGCUGAGGAACUCAUUGCUCUUCAUCAUACUCAUACAUGGGAUUUGGUUUCUCUUCCUCCUGGGAAACAUACAAUAGGUUGUCGUUUGGUGUACAAGAUAAAAACAAAAGUUGAUGGAUGCCUGAGUGGAAGACAAAUUCUUCUAUCCUUAUAUGUGGAUGGCAUGAUUAUUACGGGUGAUGACCAUGGUGGCAUUGAGUCUUUGAAGCAUGAUCUAGCUCAUCGAUUUGCUAUGAAGGAUUUGGGCUUGCUGCGUUAUUUCUUGGGUAUUGAGAUUGUUGAUACUCCUCUUGAAACUAAUGCAUGGUAUUGUCCUACUGAUGGUAUUCCCUUGUCCGAUCCGAAUCUUUAUCGCAAUGUUGUGGGAAGUUUGGUCUAUCUCGCAGUUACUCGUCCAAAUAUUGCUCAUGUUGUUCAUGUUGUCAGUCAGUUUGUUACUGCUCCUUCCUAUGUUCAUUGGGGAGCUAUUCUCCGUAUUCUGAGAUAUCUUCGUGGCACUCAGUUUCAGACCCUCUUGUUUCGCUCGAUGUCUUCUCUUGAGUUACGUGCCUAUAGUGAUGCUGAUUGGGAUGGUGAUCGUCAUGAUCAUAAGCCCACCAUUGGAUUUUGCGUAUUUCUUAGAGAGUCUUUCAUUUCAUGGAAGAGCAAGAAACAUGACGUUGUCUCUAGAUCUUCCACGGAGGUUGAAUAUCGUGAUAUGGCUGUAACUACAUGUGAGAUUAUCUGGUUAUGGUGGCUGCUUGUGGAUAUGGGAGUUCACAUUUCUUCAUCUACUCCCUUGUAUUAUGAUAACAAAAGUGCGAUACAAAUAACGAAGAAUUCUGUUUUUCAUGAGUGGACGAAACACAUUGAGAUCGAUUGUCAUUUUACCCGUCAUCACCUAUAG